AUGAAGGCAAAUGUGACUCUGGAUCCAGACACGGCUCAUCCCUGCCUUGUCUUGUCUGAGGACCAGAAAAGUGUGACUUGGGGAGACAGAAGGCAGAAAGUGCCCAGCAGUCCCAAGAGAUUUGACUCUUCUCGCUGUGUGUUGGGCUGUGAAGGAUUCACCUCAGGGAAACAUUACUGGGAGGUGGAGCUGCAGGCUGUGGGAGGCAUGUUUGCUAAACUCAGGGCUGAAAUGGGUGAAGGAUAUUGGGUUGUGGGUGUUGUCAGAGAGUCUGUGAGGAGGAAGGGAGUGAUCCUGCUUAACCCUGAGGAGGGGGUCUGGGCUUUACGGAAGCAAAGGGGUCAGUACGCAGCCCUCACCUGCCCUGAGAUUCUCUUGUCUCUGAGUAGUAUUUUCAGUAGGAUCUGGGUUUCUCUGGACUAUGAAGGGGGGCAGGUGACAUUUUUCAAUGUUGAGGAUGAGACUCCCUUCUUCACUUUCCCACCAGCUUGUUUCUUUGGGGAAAUAAUCUGCCCUUUCUUCUGUGUUGAGGGGAAGGGAACCUGGCUCAGACUGUGUCCUUGAGACAAGGAAUAAAACAUUCCUGGGGUCCCGUUGAACAGGUUUCUCACCUCUGGAAUCCUGGUCUGCCAGUGACCCUGGAGGACUCUCACAUUCCUGCAGGAACAUAGAAAAAUCAAAGCCUCAGCUCAUGUCAAACCAGCCUGCCUCUGUCUCUCUCACUCUGGGGGACCAGGGUCCCUGCUGCAUCAGAGAGUGAAGGAGAAGCAUCACAGCUGCCUGGGGGUAGGGAAAUGUCCCAGAAAAGAUGAAUCUCCUAUUGGGAUCAAUAUCUCUGACGUGUUCCCCUGACACUGUGCAGCCUCACUAUAACUGUG